CGUUUCUUGGAUCCUGAGAGAGAGAGAGAGAGAGAGAGGGCGAAACCCUAGUUUUCUUUCCGAGCUUUGUCUCCGCCAUGGCGGACCACAACGAUCCCUUCAUGCGCAACCGCGAUGCUGCCGUCCAGGCACGGACCAAGGCUCAGAACCGUGCCAACGUCCUCCAGAUGAAGCUUAUUGGGCAGAGCCAUCCAACAGGGCUUACUUCGAACCUUCUGAAGCUUUUUGAACCACGGCCUCCGUUGGUCUAUUUGCCCCCACCUGAGAAGAGGAAAUGCCCGGCAUAUACUGGGAUGGCACAGUUUGUGAAAAAUUUCGCAGAACCAUCUGAUCCGGAGUAUGCUAUGCCAAUUCAGAAGGGUGAAACUCCUGGAGAAAGAAAAGCCAGGAUUCACAUGCUUCGGCUUGAAAAGGGUGCACUUAAGGCAGCUGAAGAGCUGCAGAAAUAUGAUCCACAAAAUGAUCCCAAUAUAUCUGGAGAUCCAUACAAGACGUUGUUUGUGGCUAGACUUAAUUAUGAAACAAGUGAACACAGAAUUAAAAGGGAGUUUGAAACUUAUGGGCCUAUUAAACGGGUCAGGUUGAUUACAGAUAAGGAGACAAAUAAACCUAGAGGAUAUGCAUUUAUUGAAUAUGCACACACGAGAGACAUGAAAACUGCAUACAAGCAAGCUGAUGGCAGGAAGUUGGAUAAUAGAAGAGUCCUUGUUGAUGUUGAGCGAGGUAGAACUGUACCAAAUUGGCGGCCUCGAAGGCUGGGUGGUGGACUUGGAUCAACCAGGGUAGGAGGUGAAGAGGUAAACCAAAAGCAUUCCGGAAGGGAGCCUCAGCAGAUGACAUCAGGACCUCCAAGAUCUGAGGAGCCAAGAGUGCGUGAUGAUCGAGAGAAAUCCCGUGAAAGAGGUAGGGACAGGGAUCGUGAACGGGAGAAAUCUAGAGAAAUAUCCCAUGAUAAGACACGUGAUCGUGAUACAAGGGAUGACAGACACCAUAAAGACCGUGAUAGGACUCGAGAAAAGGACAGGGAAAGAGAUAGGGGUCGUGAUCGUGAUCGAGGUCGUGAUAGAGACAGGGAAAGGGACCGUGGUCGUGACCAUGACCGUGAACGGCGUGACCGUCCGAGAGAGAGGGAGCGGGAUCGUGAGAGGGACUAUGGGCGUGCAAGCCAUGAAAGAGAUCGUGGGUAUAGUCAUGAGAGGGGUGGUACUGACUUUGAGCAAUUUGAUACCAAGCAUGAUCGCGAUCGGUCUGGUGGGAGGGACAGGGAUCUGGAACAUGGUGAGCAUGACUAUGGGCAGGAAUGGUAUGAUCCUGCUGCAAAGAAUGGAAAUGAGCAUGAACAAGGGUAUGAUCACUAUGAGCAAGCGAGAAAUCACUUUGAUCAGCUUCCUCCAGAGGGUGAUGCCAAUAGGGUGAAGCGUCAUGAAUAUUAUGAUAAGAUGCAGACUGAUCAUUAUAGAAGUCAAUAUGACCAUCCUGAUUCUGCACCUGAGGAGGGAGAGAGGGUUGAAGACCAUGAAUAUGAAUAUCGUCGUUCAGAGAGAUCCCUUUCUCGUGAGUAUGAACACUGAGACUAGAGCUGAGAAGUGGUUCCAUCUUGGGUGGCUUUUCUUUCAGCUUAACAGGGUUUGCAGGUCUGGCAUUCCGUCUAUGCUUGAAAUUUGUUGUUUUUAUGGGCACCUCUGAGACUGAUGUGUUCUAUCUUGAUGGUUUAAACCUUUAAGUGACUUACGGUUUGUAUUAGUUAUUUCUCUUCUAUGUGACUUGGCACAUUGUUGGUUAGUCCUUUUAAACUCUGAUUUUUAUCGAUUUCUGGUUUGAAGGAGAUGAAAGGGAAAACUAAGGACAUGAUUAAAUUUUAGUGUUGCUGUUUUAUUUUCUUG